AAAUUCAAAUCGUUAUCCGCUUGAAUCAUCCUCCCUCUCCGUCGGAACCACCGAGUUACUGCUGAGACUUCGGUCUGAAAAUCUCCAUUUCCAUGGCUUCAACUUUCACUUUCUGUCCAUUUCCUCUCAUUAUCUCUCCUCGCCCCAAUAUUCCAUCCCUAAGAUCUCAAUUUCACCGCCAAUAUCUUCCCACCCUUCGAAUUCUCCGACCUUCAGUUCCUUCCGCCAUCGGGCCGGACGGCAAAUUCUAUCCGGACCCGGCCGACGACGAACCGCCGGAAGCUCCGGAAGAUUCUGGCCAUGGAGUUUCAAAGUUUCAGCAGAUAUACCGCCAGGCGGCUCGUGCGAGGAAGCUUCAAGAGGAAGAUUUUAAGAAGCAUCAGUCUACUUAUCUUUCGGCCAUUGCUGACGUUGAGGAUGCUCCUGAGAAUGCGGAGUAUUUGAAUUCGGAGAGCUCGGGUGAUGAUUUAUUCGGUGAAAUUGACAAAGCUAUUGCUCUGAAGCGGAAGGAGUUCGUGAAGCAGGGGCUUCUCAAGGCUAAUCCGAAGAAAGAAAAGGCGGUUGAGAAAGAUGAUAUUGAGGGCAUUGAUGAGUUGGAAACUGAGGAGGUCGCGGACUUGGAGGAGAUUAACGAGCUUCGGGGGCUUACAGUGAUUUCGGAGGACGAGGAUGAGGACGAGGACGAGGUUGAAGAUGGGCCUAGGAAUUUAGAUGACAAUGUAAGUGAAUUAGGUGGUCAGGAUGAACUAUCUUCUUUUAAUUCUUUUGAUGUGGAUUUUGAUAGCUAUGGAAAAGUUAAGGCUAGGAUAGUGGAACCUAAGUUCAAAAUGACUUUAGCCGAGCUCUUGGAUGAAAGUAAGGUCGUUCCAGUUUCUGUUUUUGGCAAUUUAGAGAUAGAAAUUACUGGCAUUCAACAUGAUUCCAGGUUGGUUAGCGCGGGCGACUUGUUUGUGUGCUGUGUUGGGAGGGAAACUGAUGGGCACUCGUAUUUAACGGAGGCGGAUAAGAGGGGUGCAGUGGCUGUGGUUGCUAGCAAGGAGAUAGACAUAGAAGAAACUUUGGGUUGUAAAGCUUUGGUAAUGGUGGAGGAUACUAAUUCUAUUCUUCCUGCAUUGGCUGCUUCUUUUUAUAGGAACCCCUCAAAGAAUAUGGCCGUGAUAGGAAUUACUGGGGCAGACGGUAAAACGAGCACUUCCUACUUGAUAAAGGGGAUGUAUGAGGCAAUGGGGUUGAGAACUGGGUUGCUAGGUACAGUGGCCUAUUAUUUACACGGGGGCAAUAAGUUGGAGUCGCAAAGUACAACCCUGGAUGCUAUUUUGGUCCAAAACUUAAUGGCGAGGAUGCUUCAUAAUGGAACUGAAGCGGUUGUCAUGGAGGUUUCGUCCGAUGGACUUGCUCGUGGCAGGUGUGAUGAAGUUGAUUUUGAUAUAGCGGUUUUCACAAAUUUGACUAGGGACCAUUUGGAUUUUCAAGGGUCUGAAGAGGAGUAUAGGGAUGCCAAAGCCAAGCUAUUUAAAAGGAUGGUGGAUCCAGACCGACACCGAAAAGUUAUUAACAUCGAUGAUCCCAAUGCACCAUUCUUCAUAAGUCAAGGAAACCCAGAUGUGCCUGUUGUCACCUUUGCAAUGGAAAACAAAAAUGCUGAUGUCCAUCCCUUGAAAUAUGAAUUGUCACUAUUUGAGACACAGGUUUUGGUUCACACUCCCCAGGGCAUACUGGAGAUAUCAUCGGGGUUGCUUGGAAAGCACAACAUAUACAACAUUCUUGCAGCAGUGGCAGUAGGGAUUGCAGUUGGAGCACCAUUAGAGGAUAUUGUCAGAGGUGUUGAAGAGGUUGAUGCUGUUCCUGGGAGAUUCGAGCUGAUUGAUGAGGAGCAGGCAUUUGGUGUAAUUGUUGAUCAUGCUCAUACUCCAGACGGUCUAUCCCGGCUGCUCGAUUCUGUAAGGGAGCUUGGACCGAGGAGGAUUAUCACUGUCUUUGGAUGCUGUGGCGAGCAUGACAGGGGGAAAAGACCCAUGAUGACAAAGAUUGCAUCUGAUAAAAGCGAUGUUACAAUUCUGACAUCUGAUAAUCCAAGGAAUGAAGAUCCAUUGGACAUCUUGGAUGAUAUGUUGGCCGGUAUAGGCUGGACUAUGCAGGAUUACUUGAAACAUGGAGAAAAUGAUUACUACCCGCCUCUCUCGAAUGGUCAUAGGAUUUUCCUGCAUGAUAUCAGGCGUGUGGCUGUACGUGCUGCUGUUGCAAUGGGCGAGGAAGGUGACGUGGUUGUGGUUGCUGGCAAGGGCCAUGAAACAUAUCAAAUUGAAGGUGAUAAAACAGAUUUCUUUGAUGAUAGAGAAGAAUGCAGAGAAGCACUACAAUAUGUUGAUGAACUUCACCAAGCUGGAAUUGACACAAGUGAAUUUCCAUGGCGGUUACCAGAGAGUCAUUGAUAUAGGAGGAUUGAAGAAAGGAAUGGAUAUUCUGGAAACUGUCCUCGGAUAAAAUAUACUACUGGUGCACUAUUGAAUUGCUAUUACAAAUAGUAGAUUCCAGUGAUUUAUCUACAAGAGGCACUUUAAGGACCGUUGGAUUUGAUUGGUCAGAUUGGGGGGAAUAAUGUACUCCAAAUGUCUUCGAAGUUGCUCUGGCCGCCUUGGUUGGAUACGCAACAAAGAUGGCUGCUCAAGUUGGAGAUGGAAGUGAAGAAUCCGAAUCAUUGCUUGUAAAUCCCUUUGUUAAAUGGUUGGUUUGUUCUUUGCAUAUAGGGGCAUGAUUUUGAAAAUUGAAUGUAUGAUCGAGGGUACUAAUGUAAUUUUAGGAAGAUGAUGGGUACUUGCACCGACGUUUGCCCUAACCACAUGGCUGGUCUGACGGCAGAGAACACACCCUGCCCUUCAUGUCGAGGAAUUUUGAGCAAGUUUCCGUUAAUCAAUUUCCUUAAAUAUCCACUUAGUUUUCACUAUUUGCCAUAAUGGCCCCUUUUUCCACUUAAUUUCACUACA